CUCAGUAAAACGGCUGCUGUUAAGUGACGUGUUAGAUCCGAUAGCGCCCUGCGAGGAAGGCAGCAGCCGCGACUGGGAGGCGCGUUCAGCAGAGAGAGCCCGCGCGGCAGAACCAGGCACUUGGCUUCCUGUGGUAUCCUGAUGACCAGAAUUCCUCUGCUGCAAGCACCUGAAAUGAACCAUACCUUUUCCAGACAUUUCUUCAACAUGACUGCGCCACUAGUAAACAAAAGAAAAGAAUAUUCUGAAAGAAGAAUUAUAGGGUAUUCUAUGCAGGAAAUGUAUGAAGUUGUUGCUCUGGUGGAGAAUUACAAACUAUUUGUUCCUUGGUGCAAGAAAUCAGAUAUAUUAUCAAAGCGCUCUGGAUACUGCAAAGCACAGUUAGAAAUAGGAUUCCCCCCUGUACUGGAGAGGUACACAUCGGUUGUUACCCUAGUGAGGCCACAUUUAGUUAAGGCAUCCUGCACAGAUGGAAAACUAUUUAAUCACUUGGAAACUGUGUGGCGUUUCAGCCCGGGUAUCCCUGGGUAUCCAAGGACAUGCACAUUGGAUUUUUCAGUCUCUUUUGAAUUUCGUUCUCUGCUACACUCUCAACUUGCUACACUGUUUUUUGAUGAAGUGGUGAAGCAGAUGGUCGCUGCCUUUGAAAGAAGAGCAUCUAAACUGCACGGCCCAGAAACCACCAUACCUCGGGAGCUAAUGCUUCAUGAAAUUCAUCACACAUAAAGGGAAAUUGUAGCAGCUUCUAUUAUAAAUCUGUAUGUACAUUUUAUUUAUGCAAGAGGUACGAUGCUCCUUUGGGGACAUCGCUCUGAUAUCUGAACUUUGUAAUUUACUAUUGUACAAAACACGCACAUGUUCAGCCAGAUGUACAUAGAGGAAUAUUCAUGCUACAAUCAAGUGCAAUUUAAAGUGUUAGCAGUAACAGACUGGCAGCUACUGUAACACAAGGUAACUGAAAUUGCCAUUUAUUAACCUGUCAAAUGGUUUGUGUAAUCACAUCAGGUAUUCUCCUUUAUCUAUGCUUAUAUUUUUACAAUGUUUGUAAUAUAUUAACUCAAAUUUAAAUUAUUAGUAGUUUGAAUGUAACUUACCAGCACUAAUUUAGCUUCUCAGGCCAAGUGAAAGGAAAUUCUCACGUUCUGGCUUUGGAGUAUAAAAUGCUGUGAAAGAACCAAGUGGCAGAUGUGUUUGAUCCAAGUAGAUGGCAAAGCUCAGCCCAGAAGUCUCGGUCUGCUGUGGAAUUCUUAUCAGUUAUUGCUAUAGGAGAGAGAGGAGGGGAAAAAAAAAAAAAAAGGGAAAAAAAAAGGCAGCAGCCUUAAGCCUAUAUCGGGUAUAGGGAUAUUGUAAGUUUUGAGAGCAGCAGCCUCAGCUCCACUUAGUUCUUACCUGCCUGGGCAAUUCAGUUUGGUUAAGAUGAACCUGCCUCCUAGCACCAUUUCACCGUUCUGCACAGCCACGUGGGCAGCCUAGAUGGGACCCAACAUCGCUGUGCCCAGUUCCAGCUAUAUACUAAAUUAGUAGUUAGUUACUGCAGUGAAAAUUGCAUCACAGACACCAAAUUCCAGGGAAGAAGGAACUAGUUAUUCUUCACUGCAGGCUCAACACAGCCAAGGACAAGCACUAAGUAGGCUGCUGCACUGUGGAGCCAGGUGCAGCUUGUGAGUGCAGCCACACGGGGCCAGCUCUCCCUUGGAUUCUCUUUUCUG